AUGGCAGAGAUUGCCAGCGACCGUGCUGUCGACCCCGAUGCGCAGGCCGCCGUCACAGAUUUCCUUGAUUACACCGAAUACCUCCCCUCUGAUCUUAUUCGAUCCCUUACUCUGAUCCGGGGUCUGGACGAAAGAUACGUCGAUGAUGCCGACGCCGUGAACGAUCUUACAAAGACCUACGGAUCUCUUCCUUCCAUUGCACCUGCGGCUCGCCCAGAUGCGCACGAAUUAUCCCUACAGAUAUCUACACACUUGGACCAUGCAUUAAACGCGAGAGAGUCUGCCUUUGCAGAAGCAUGCCGAAUGUUCGACGUGGUCGAUAGACAUCAGAAUAGAUUGAAGAGCAUUAUAGCCAAGUUACAUGCGAUUCCAAAGCCGCCGUCACGCGAUCCAAGUCCUCAGCCUCAGGCGCCAGCACAGGGCAAACGCUCUCGCAGCGGCAGGAAGCUCGAGAAUGGGACUUCAACCAGACUAACUCUGCUUCCUCCUCGGGGAAGUGCAGUCGCCUCUGCCAUACUCAAGCGACCUCGCGGCCGACGUGUGACCGUCCCGGGGGAGGUUAUGCCGCCUUACGAUCCGGAUUCGCCCAUUGCAAGCACGGAGGUCUCAGACUGGGAAUCCCCGCCUCCUCCCUCUCCUCCACGGCCAGUGCUCAAAUUCAAGCAACCGAAGCCACCCGCAUCCACACCGCAAGCUAGGGAUCGCUCCUCCCCAGCAGCAGAGAAGGCUCGGUCGGUGCGAGAAACCACUGAGACAUAUCGCAAACCUACUCCGCCACCUGAAGAUGCCGAAAUAGGAAGCAAGUACAAACCUUGGACACACCUGACGGAGUACGAGAUGUAUAAGCUUAGAAAGAAGAUGAAGAAGAACCACAAUUGGGAGCCUAGUGAUGUUAUGAUCAGACGGGAACUCGCCGAUCGUGGGCGAGGUUGGGAGAACUACUACCGAGCCCGGGCGGAAGCCCAAGCAAAUGGGACAUCCUUCAUCGACAUCGAUAGCGUCGAACGCCUGAACCCCAAGAUUGAGAAAGUUGAGAAAUCAGCCAAGAUUGACAAUGUGGAGGCUCUGGACAAAAUCGAGCAGCCGGAUACUACGGGCAAGGCAGAGAGGGGCGACGAGCCGAGCCAUGAGUUCGAAAAGGAGUCAAGGUCAGAGGCUGCCACCGUGUCAGUUGCAGGACCUGCACACACUGCCACUCCUGCGCCAAAGCCGAAGCCCGUGAGGAGGAGUGAGUCGAAGAAAGACAAAAAGCCAGACCCAGCCCGUUCACAAGCAGCACUUGCCGCUCAGGAGGCCGAACUUGCUGCUCGACGGCUCGGGGAUAUUGGCUCGAAAUUUCGCACGCUGUUUACCACGCCUUUCGCGUCAGCCCUUGCUUCUCUGAGCCGGAGUGCCAGUACGCCCAGCACCAACAGACCGGUUGCCGCCGGGAAAAAACCGACCGACAAAGCUUCGAGAAAGCGGAAAGCGGAAGACAUCCCUGCAUCGUCCAAUUCUCCGCUCGCGGAGCCUGAUGCAGCAAGGAAAAAGCAGAAGACUGGAGUUAAGCCAUCGCCGCUAGCACCGAGUCCCCAUGAAGUUGUGCCAUCUGCACCAACUUCAGCCGGCAGUGAACCGCCGCCGCGCAUGAGCGCAGGCACCAUCAAAAUCCCACUGAAACUGACAGUAUCUACGGCCAACUCGCAACCAUCCAAGACCCCUACUCCAGCUCCAGCGACGCGAGCAGGAAGCGUCCAACGCGCGUCGGUGGCGCCCAAGAUUGAGUCGCCCCCUCCGGUAUCUUCGAGACCACCGUCAAGGCGAUCCACCGCUGCAUCGGCAGAACCACAACCGCUACGAUCAAGUGGGCACGCAUCCGCGACUCCGUCGGUCGUAGGCGCAAAGACCCCAGCACUCGAAGCGAGCCCGAAAAGCGCCUCUGGCGCGGCUACCGCAGCGAGUCGACGCAGCAAGCGUGAUGCGCCCGGGACGGUGAUGCAGUCAAGCCAGGACGGUGGAGCCGCUGUGAGUGUGAGCAAGCGUCGAACCAAGCCGGCGAAACAGCAAAAGUCGACUCCUAAACCGGCAGCUCUGGCAGCGUCCACGGCGGCCUCACCGGAUGUGCCGCAAAUUCGCAUCGAUGUCGAUGGCCGGCAGGAGAUUGUCGAUCCGGAUGAAGAGCGAUACUGUGUGUGCGGAGACGUCAGCUGGGGUGAGAUGAUCUGUUGCGAGAUGGAUGAGAAGUGUGACUAUGGGCAGUGGUUCCACAUGGAAUGUGUUGGUUUGGUGGAACUUCCGCCGCGCACCGUAAAGUGGUAUUGUCCGGGUGACCGGAAGAAGUACCAUAAGGGAGAGAACAGCAAUGGGCUUGUGGGCAGGGGUAUUAAGUAA